CGUUGCUGAGAUCAGCUCGUCCUAGAACGCUCAACCUCUAGCCCCUAAGAAGUCUAAUGCUAAGCCGGCACCUGCACCUGCACCGUUAAAGAAGCCCAUGAAGCCUGCGAAACCCGCCGCCGAGCCUGCGAAGAAGGGUAGCAAGACUGCAGUGCCUAAGGGUGCGACAUCGAAGGCGGCGAAGACUAAGGCACCGUCCAAGGUGGCUGCUGCAGCGAAGCCGGCGAAGAAGACGAGCAGCGCGAAGGCCGCCGCAAAGAAGCCCGCAGCGAAGGCGGCAGUAGCAAAAGCAGCAGCGAGCAAGUCGGCGAAGCCCGCGUCGAAAUAUGUUUCUCUUCCAAUGAUACCUCGGUCUGCUUCUGUAAUCUCCUGCCAAACGCCUGGAGUAUUGUGUAAGAGUAUUUCCAAGUCUGUAUUAUCCUGUAGGGCGUUAUGCUACGUAUCUUUAUACCUUCUGAUCUAAAUGUUUGUUGGUCGCGAAUAUAUACUGCCUGAAAUCACAUACGAUGCUCAACAGUGACGAGUUAUAGCAAGGGUGGCUAAGUAUGAACCUGGUUCAUUAUUCGGGCUGCGUCACGGCAGAGAUAUCUCAAAUACUAGAGGCCCUUUGAGCCAGCCUAGAAUACGAA